AUGGGACGAUGGCAUCUCAAUCCCUCUCGCCCAGUUGCUCUCGAUGUAUGGUUCGGCCUUUCAUUUAUGCCCGCCCUUGACUCCAUCACAGUCGUCGCAUCCUGUAAUCGUCCCAUAAUUGAUCACUGGUAUUACUUUGUCAGCGUGCGCAUGAUGGCAAUGGCUUCUCUCGUAUCUUUCAUUAUCUUGCUCUUCAGUAACCCCACGACAAAACCUUUUGUCUCUCAAUAUCCUGGAAUCGUCUUCAUUUCCGCCUUCGCCACCUACGGCCUUAUCGGACUGUGUCUGGACCGGUCUUGCGCUCCACCGCCGAAAAGAACCGCCAAUCUUCGAAGUUGGUCGCUAUCGGAAUAUGCAAAUGCUCUAAGCCGCUCAAACGGAACGUGGAAGGCGGCUAUUACUUCUACCGCUGUAACGUGCGGGCUUGGAACUGUUCUAACGGUAGUUAUACCCGCGGACUGGUCGACUAUUAUCCCAGUUAUAACCACCGGAUUCGAGGCUGUUUUCCUCCGCCUCAACAAAUUUGGCCGCACUUCCCAGUACACCGUGUGCGCCGCCCUUUUCUUCCAGGGCGGCGUAUGCGUUCAAAGGGGCCUACGCCAGGUCCUGGUCUCUCCUUCCCUUGUGAUUCCACCAUGGAUGUUCCUAUCUCUUCCGGUGGUUAGUCGGCUGGUGCUAGACUUGCAUCUGUACACCGUAUUUCGCGAAUACCCCGAAUUCAGCUGGGCCAGACGAAACGCAGUGAUUUCGACAACAACAUUGGUGCAGACUGUUGCGAUGCUACUUGUCCUUGAGGCGACACAGUUUCCUGUGAUGCGAUGGGUAAAGCCCAUCACUGUCCUUAUACUUUAUUCAACGAGUAUUGUGGGCGUUUCGAUGCCUGCUGCGUAUAAUAUUGCCUUUGAAAUAAUCUCAAACACGUAG